UUGCCCCUCCCGCGGCUGUCCCCGGUUGCGACGUCACUUGUUAUGUCUCCGCCGGCGGCUCGGGCUCCGCUGGGGCCAGGCCGGGCGGGGGAGGCCGGGACCCGGAGCUCGCAGGCAGGCGCCAGGCCCAGCGUCUCGGCCCGCUGACCGUUCGGCCCCGGGGAGUCCCCGAGCGGAGGCGCCUCCCCCCAACCCCCGCAGAUCAGCCUCCCCCCUCGCCUGACUGGGGGCCACUACCCCCCUUACUGCUCCCCCCUCGCCUGACUGGGGGCCACUACCCCCCUUACUGCUCCCCCUUCCCGGCCUGACUGGGGCCACUACCCCCCUUACUGCUCCCCCUUCCCGGCCUGACUGGGGCCUCAGCUCCCCCACUAUUCCCAUCCCCUCCCUGGCCUCACUAGGGGCGCAGCCCCCUUCCUCUUUCACCCUCCCCCGGCCAACUUGCCAACACCCCUGUGAUCUCCUUUCUCUCCCCCCAACACCUGACCAGGGCAGCAAGGAGCGGGCCCAGGAGCCAGGGCGAGGAGGAGGAUCCAGGCAGCAGCAGCAGUGGGGUUAUUGGUCUGAAUAAUUCGCUCCUUCCCCCUGCCUCCUCCAUUGGGAUCUCUCUCUCUCUCGUAGGAUUGGCUCUCUCUGCAGAGAGUCACACACAGCGAGAGGAAAGAUGUGGCUGAAGCUGUUUUUCUUGCUUCUCUAUUUUCUGGUCCUGUUUGUCCUGGCCAGGUUUUUUGAAGCCAUUGUCUGGUAUGAAACUGGCUUCUUUGCCACCCAGUUGGUGGACCCGGUGGCCCUGAGCUUCAAGAAGCUGAAGACCAUUUUGGAGUGCAGGGGGCUUGGGUACUCUGGGCUGCUGGAAAAGAAAGAUGUCAGGGAGCUGGUGGAGAAGUCAGGAGACCUCAUGGAGGGUGAACUCUAUUCUGCCCUCAAGGAAGAAGAGGCCUCUGAAUCAGUUUCCAGUACAAACUUCAGUGGUGAAAUGCACUUCUAUGAGCUUGUAGAAGACACAAAGGAUGGUAUCUGGCUGGUACAGGUGAUAGCGAAUGAUAGAAGUCCUCUUGUGGGUAAAGUCCAUUGGGAAAAAAUGGUGAAGAAAGUAUCAAGGUUUGGAAUACGGACAGGCACUUUUAACUGCUCCAGUGACCCCAGAUACUGCAGGAGAAGAGGCUGGGUGAGAUCCACACUAAUUAUGUCAGUCCCACAAACCAGUACCUCCAAGGGGAAAGUGAUGCUUAAAGAAUACAGUGGACGCAAAAUUGAAGCUGAGCACAUUUUCAAGUGGAUAACAGCCCAUGCAGCUUCUCGGAUCAAAACUAUCUACAACUCUGAACAUUUAAAAGAAGAAUGGAACAAAAGUGACCAGUAUCGGGUGAAAAUAUACCUGUUUGCUAACCUUGACCAGCCUCCAGCUUUCUUCUCUGCACUAAGUGUAAAGUUUACUGGAAGAGUUGAGUUUAUUUUUGUGAAUGUAGAAAACUGGGACAACAAGAGUCAUAUGGCGGAGAUUGGUAUCUUUAAGACCCCAUCCUACAUACUUAGAACUCCAGAGGGAAUUUACAGGUAUGGGAAUAAGACUGGUGAAUUUAUAUCCCUACGAGCCAUGGAUUCCUUCUUGCGCUCAAUACAACCUGAAGUUAAUGAUUUAUUUGUUUUAAGCUUAGUAUUGGUUAAUCUGAUGGCUUGGAUGGACCUAUUUAUCACACAAGGUGCUACUAUAAAGCGUUUUGUGGUUCUUAUAAGCACUUUAGGGACGUAUAAUUCUCUCUUAAUUAUUUCUUGGCUACCUGUGUUGGGCUUUUUGCAGUUACCUUACUUAGAUAGCUUUUAUGAGUAUAGUUUAAAACUCUUCAGGUAUUCUAAUACAACUACUUUGGCUUCGUGGGUGAGAGCUGACUGGAUGUUCUACUCAUCACACCCAGCCCUAUUCCUCAGCACUUACCUGGGUCAUGGCUUACUAGUAGAUUACUUUGAGAAAAAAAGACGACGGAACAACAAUGAUGAAAUAAAUGCCAAUAACUUGGAAUGGCUGUCAAGUCUGUGGGACUGGUACACCAGCUACUUGUUCCACCCAAUCGCUUCUUUUCAACACUUCCCCUAUGAAUCCGAUUGGGACGAAGACCCAGAUUUGUUCUUAGAGCGAUUAGCGUUCCCUGAUUUAUGGCUUCACCCUCUGAUACCAACUGAUUAUAUAAAAAGUUUACCAAUGUGGCGGUUUAAAUGUCUUGGCAUCCAUUCUGAAGAGGAAGUGUUGGAAGCCUCUCAAGAAAGUGAAAGUGACUCAGACAGUGAAAGCAAAGAUGUCUUGAGUGGUGAAAAAGAAGUAUCCGAGGAUGAGCUAAGUACAGUUCACAGUCCCAGUGAAGGAGAGCCUCAGUGCAAUGCUGAGAUCUGUUCAUGUGCCAAUAAAAAUGGUCAUAACGAGCCAUAUGAAAGGAAAGCGAGGUCGUAUGGAUCAUAUAGCACUACAGAAGACAUGGAACCAGAUUGGUCAGCCUGGCCCUCUAAUAUGUUGCACUGUACAGAAUGUGUUGUGUGUCUAGAGAAUUUUGAAAAUGGAUGUCUGCUAAUGGGUUUACCAUGUGGUCAUGUGUUUCAUCAGAAUUGCAUCGUGAUGUGGUUAGCUGGGGGGCGACAUUGCUGCCCAGUUUGUAGAUGGGCUUCUUAUAAGAAAAAGCAGCCAUAUACACAUCAUCCGCCUUUGUCAAAUGAUACCCCAUCUUAGCUGUGUACUAAUGUCCUUUGUAAGCUUUAAGUAUAUUACAGCUUGCCUUUUAAAUGUUAGUCACUUAAAGAUUUUGUGGUUUGAAGUUUUAGUUUAAAUGUUAGUGCAGUGAACUAAAAUAUACAUGAUGGUAAUGUUAAUGACAGAAUCAUUUGGUUGCCUUGUAUGUUGAAACUGAAUGCAUACUUACUAUACAAUUAAUUAUUUUUUCCUCUACAACAUUUGGAAACUUAAUGCAGUUUUUGUAAGCACAAAGAUCAAGCCUACAACAAAAGUGUAUUCCAGCAAAAGUUUACAAGUUAGGGUUUGGGUGAACAUUUGAAAUUCUAAUCUGAGAUAAUUGCAUAAUUUGAGUUUCUUCUUUUAGCGUCUGCUCAGCACACCUUUGUUGAAUAAUGUAUGUUAUAUGACAGUACCAUUUAAAAAUAAAUCCGUAAAAUAAAUUAUUUUAAAAGGA